AUGAAGAUAGUUUCUUUAAACUUACGAGGGUGGGGAAGCAGUGCUAAACGGCGUCGUUUGAGCCAGUUACUGGUUUCAGGUAUGUUCGAUUUAUGUUUGCUUCAAGAGACUAAAAAGGCUACUUUCGAUGAUUAUAUGAUUGAACAUUUAUGGGGUCAUAAGAAUGUGGAAUGGGUGGCGAAAGAGUCGGUCGGUUUGUCGGGAGGGUUGUUGAUAAUGUGGAAUGCAGGUUUAUUCAAAGUCAAGUUUAGCUUUACUAGCGAUAGUUUUUUGGGCUUAUGUGUGGAAUGGAAGGAGGGUACUCUUUACAUUAUCAAUGUAUAUUCCCCUUGUAAUCUGUCUGGUAAAAGAAAAUUGUGGAAUGAUUUAUUGGAGUUUAAGUUGAACAAUGAACAGGGAGAUUGGUGUGUAGGAGGUGAUUUCAACGCAGUGAUGAAGGAGGGGGAACGACAGGGUAGUAGUUCUUUUUCUAGAAUUAAUGAAAGGAUGGAAUUCUGUCAAUUUGCUGAAGCUAUCGAAUUGAUAGAUGUACCGGUCGCCGGCAAGAAAUUCACUUGGUUUAGUGCUGACGGGAAGGCUAAGAGUAGACUGGAUCGGUUCUUGCUCUCAGAAAAUUUUAUUGAAAAAGGAGCAGUGCCUGGUCAAUGGAUUGGCAACCGUGACAUUUCAGAUCAUUGCCCGAUUUGGUUAUUGUGUUCUGAUGUCAACUGGGGUCCAAAACCGUUUAAGGUGAACAACUGUUGGUUGGAGCAUCCUGAGUUCAAAUCUUUUGUUGUGAAUGUUUGGGAGCAGCGGAAUAUCAAGGGCAAGAAGGCUUUUAUAAUCAAGGAAAAAUUAAAGAAAUUGAAAGAGGAGCUGCGAGGUUGGAAUAGGGAGGUAUUUGGCAUUCUUGAUUUGAACAUUGAAAAAACAGUGACGGAAUUGAACGAGGCUGAGGCGUUAAGUAUUAGUGAUGGGUCGAAUUCGUUGAUUAGUGACAAGUCUGCUAUCAACAAGAAAUUUUGGGAGCAAAUUCAUUACAAAGAAAGUUUGAUUAAACAGAAAUCUAGAAUGAAAUGGGUCAGAGAAGGAGAUUCAAAUUCUCAUUUUUUUCAUGUUAGUCUCAAAGGCAGAAGAAGGAGAAAUCAAUUGUCGCUGCUCAAGAGAGGUGAUGAGUGGAUUCAAGGGGUUGACAACAUCGAAUUGGAAGUAAAGGAUUAUUUUGCAAGAAACUUCAAUGAAGAUUGA